CCACCUGAUUGGCAGGAUUUUGUUGGGAUCAUUACUCUGCUUUUUAUCAAUUCUACUAUAAGUUUUAUUGAGGAGAACAAUGCUCGUAAUGCUGCUGCGGCUCUCAUGGGCUGCCUUGCUCCAAAAGCAAAGGUUCUUUGUGAUGGAAAAUGGAGUGGGGAAUAUGCAGUUGUUCUUGUUCCAGGUGACGUAGUUAGUAUUAAACUUGGUGACAUAAUCCCUGCAGAUGCUCGUCUCCUUGAGGGUGACCCAUUGAAAAUAGACCAGUCUGCACUGGCAGAUGAGGCCUUUCCUGUGAUAAAAAGCCCUAGGGAUGGGGUUUAUUCAGGAUCCACUUGCAAACAGGGAGAGAUUGAAGCAGUGGUCAUUGCCACCGGUGUCCACACCUUCUUUGGCAAGGCUGCUCACCUUGUGGACAGCACAAAUCAAGUGGGCCAUUUUCAAAAGGUCUUUGCUAGAGGAAUAGAUGGAGAGGCUGUAGUUUUGAUGGCUGCUAGAGCCUCCGGAGUGGAAAACCAAGAUGCAAUAGACGCUACUAUUGCCGGGACGUUGGCUAAUCCAAAAGAGAGUGUGUUAAUUAGUAUACAAACUUUCUACUACAUAGGAUGGGGGUGCAAAAAAAAUUUACGCUUCUGAUUCUGAAUUGCUGAAAGAAAUGCACCAUAAUAUUAAGGUAUCCAAAAGAGAGUGUGUUAAUUAGUAACAAUUGCAGAUACUUCAUUUUAACAAUAAAAUCAAUAAAAAGAGGGUAGUAUCAUCAAAAGUAAAACCAAAAAAGAGGGUACUAUCAUCAAAAGUUACCUA